GUGGGUCAUGGCUGCCCCAUUUUGACAGGCAAAUGGGUGACGAUGAGCAUCUAGCCUCGUUUUAACUAAAAGUGAAGGAGCUGUGAGGGAGAGUAUGACUGGGGGCGUUUCAUCAAGAUGGAGACCUGAGAUAGAGACUUCUGAACUUCCAUCAGGAGAGAUCAAAUGUGUGAGCCUUCAGAAUUCCACAACCGCCAGGCCUGAACUGAGGUCUGCCGGGCCUGAACCGGAGUGAGAGGAGAGAGAGAUGCUGGUCUGACGGAUUACAUGAAUUUCUGUGUGGAAAAAUCCCCUCAACUUUCUAUACUUCAUAUCCUGUACAAAAACCAGUUUGUUAUGGAUCACAGACAUAUGCACGGAAGCAAAAACUGUUAAGCAGGAGUCCCGGGCACGCAGUAGAGCCUCGCUGGGGGAAAUGUCAGCUUGGACCAUGGGCGCCCGCGGUCUGGACAAGCGAGGAAGUUUCUUUAAGCUCAUCGACACGAUCGCCUCGGAGAUCGGAGAACUGAAACGGGAGAUGGUACAGACAGAUAUCAGCCUGGGAAAUGGCCUGGAACCUUCUGAAACCCACAGCAUGGUGAGACACAAGGAUGACGGCUAUCCUGAAGACAAGGAUGGGAAGACCUGUCCCCGAGACUCUGGCUAUGACAGCCUCUCCAACAGGCUCAGCAUUCUGGACCGGCUCCUCCACACCCACCCCAUAUGGCUGCAGCUGAGUCUCAGUGAGGAAGAGGCAGCAGAGGUUCUGCAGAACCAGCCUCCAGGGAUCUUUCUGGUUCGUAAAUCCUCCAAAAUGCAGAAGAAAGUCCUCUCCCUUCGCCUACCCUGUGAAUUUGGAGCACCUCUCAAAGAGGUUCCUAUAAAGGAAAGCACAUACACCUUUUCCCUGGAAGGCUCAGGAAUCAGCCUUCGCAAGAUUUAUUCCGGCCUCAUCGCUUUCUACUGCAUCAGCAGGAUGGCUCAUUCUGUGCGAGGCACUGUCUCAGGAAAUGAGAUUAUCCAGCUUUCCCAGCACCGCACCACUAAAUUCCAGCAGCACCCCGAUAAAGUGGAUGCCGAUUUUUGGAGCUCCUCAGCUGACAACAAACCCCCAAACUCCCCACCUCUCCAUAGGCCUCUCUCCUCAGCCGGCAUCUGCCCUGCCUCCUUGCGUCAGCUCUGCCUUAUAAACGGAGUGCAUUCUAUAAAAACCAGGACGCCUUCGGAGCUGGAGUGCAGCCAGACCAACGGAGCCUUGUGUUUUAUUAAUCCUCUUUUCUUGAAAGUGCACAGCCAGGACCUCAGCCCAGUCCCGAAGCGGCCGAGCACAAGGACUCCCAACGCGAAUGGCACCGAGAGGCCUCGGUCCCCCCCACCCAGGCCCCCGCCACCCGCUAUUAAUAGUCUGCACACAAGCCCUGGGCUAUCCAGGACUGAACCCCAGACGAGCAUGCCAGAAACAGUCAACCAUAGCAAACAUGGGAACGUAGCUCUGUUUGGAACAAAACCAACUCCCAUCCCUCCACCCCGGCUGAAGAAGCAGGCUUCUUUUUUGGAAGCGGAAGGCAGCGCUAAGACCUUGACCGCCUGCCGGCCCAGCCGGAGUCCGGAGCCAGAGCCUGAGCCAGAGCUGGGCACAGCUGGGCACGCAGGUGGAGCCCCGCCUAGGGACGCCCCCGGGGAUUACACAAGGGCGCCGCCCGACUCUGAAUCACAGCCACCACCGUGCCAUGGAGGCAGGCAGAGGCUGAGCGACAUGAGCCUUUCCACUUCCUCCUCCGACUCUCUGGAGUUCGACCGGAGCAUGCCCCUGUAUGGCUACGAGGCUGAUACAACCAGUAGCCUGGAGGACUACGAAGGGGAGAGUGACCAGGAGACCAUGGCACCUCCCAUCAAGUCCAAAAAGAAGAGGAACAGCUCUUUUGUGCUGCCCAAGCUCGUCAAGUCCCAGUUGCGAAAGAUGAGCGGGGUGUUCAGCUCCUUCAUGACCCCCGAGAAGCGGAUGGUCCGCAGGAUCGCCGAGCUGUCCCGGGACAAAUGCACCUAUUUCGGGUGCCUGGUGCAGGACUACGUGAGUUUCCUGAAGGAGAACAAGGAAUGCCAUGUGUCCAGCACUGACAUGCUGCAGACCAUCCGACAGUUUAUGACUCAGGUCAAGAACUAUUUGUCUCAGAGCUCGGAACUGGACCCCCCUAUCGAGUCGCUGAUCCCUGAAGACCAAAUUGAUGUGGUGUUGGAGAAGGCCAUGCACAAAUGCAUCUUGAAGCCCCUCAAGGGCCACGUGGAGGCCAUGCUGAAAGACUUCCACACAGCUGACGGCUCGUGGAAACAACUCAAGGAAAACCUGCAACUUGUACGGCAGAGGAACCCACAGGAACUGGGGGUCUUUGCCCCGACUCCUGACUUGGUGGAGCUGGAGAAAAUCAAAGUUAAAUUCAUGACCAUGCAGAAGAUGUAUUCACCAGAAAAGAAGGUCAUGCUUCUGCUUCGGGUCUGCAAGCUCAUAUACACUGUCAUGGAGAACAACUCAGGGAGGAUGUAUGGUGCGGAUGACUUCUUGCCAGUCCUGACCUAUGUCAUCGCUCAGUGUGACAUGCUGGAAUUGGACACUGAAAUCGAAUACAUGAUGGAGCUCUUAGACCCAUCCCUGCUGCAUGGAGAAGGAGGCUAUUACUUGACAAGCGCCUAUGGAGCACUGUCUCUGAUAAAGAAUUUCCAAGAAGAACAGGCUGCGAGGUUGCUCAGCUCAGAGGCCAGGGACACCCUGAGGCAGUGGCACAAGCGGAGAACCACCAACCGGACCAUCCCCACUGUAGAUGACUUUCAGAAUUACCUCCGAGUUGCCUUCCAAGAGGUCAACAGUGGCUGCACAGGGAAGACCCUCCUUGUGAGGCCCUACAUCACCACAGAGGAUGUGUGUCAGCUCUGUGCCGAGAAGUUUAAGGUGGAGGACCCUGAGGCGUACAGCCUCUUCCUCCUUGUUGACGGAGCAUGGCAGCAGUUGGCAGAGGACACUUAUCCUCAAAAGAUCAAGGCUGAGCUGCACAGCCGGCCGCAGCCCCACAUCUUCCACUUUGUCUACAAGCGAAUCAAAAAUGAUCCUUACGGCGUGAUUUUCCAGAAUGGGGAAGAUCUCACUCCCUCAUAAAGCACACAUGGGACUUCCCAUUGAUGUACCCAAAAGGGAGCUAGGAGUCUAGCCUUCUAGCUGCCACUUGUUGAGCUUGAAAGACAGUCACCCUCCUCAAGGACCCCUCAGUUCAGUGACUAAAGCCAUCCAAGGGCUGACUUGGCCAAGGGCAUCUUUUAGAUACAUGGCCCGUACAAGGGUCAUGCUGGGGUUCGUGAAUAGUAAUGUUCUCCAGAAAUGGACAAUUGCAUUUGACGGUUCAGGUGUCCAGAGAUCACUGGCUGUUUCUCCUUAGCCAGCUUCUGGGUUGGUUCGUAUAUGUGCUGAGGAAACACUUAAGGUACAAGCUCUUCUCUCGGAUUCGAUAGCAGGUGUUGACAAAACUGGCCGGUGCAAUGUGUCAGGGAGCUCUCAGCUCCGUGGAUGGCUCCAUCCUUCCCUCUUCCCUCUCUUCCCUCCAUCCUUCAUUCUAUAAUGUUUUUUACAAAGAGCCUUUGUGGUUUUUUUUAUAUAUUUCAUAGAAAAUUUUAUAGCAGUUGCAGGUAAACUGUCAGGAUUGGUUUUUAAAAUAUUUUUGUAACUUUAAAAUAUUCGAUAAGUAUGCAUGUGAUUUAACCUUUAAUAUUUGAAGAUAAAUCUCUUGCUGGAUUUGAGAGUAUCGCGUUUUAGAUGUCUCUCUUCUGUAACUGGAUAUUUUGGCACAUUUGUGGGGAGAGACUGCUGGUUGUCUUAAAGCAAUUCUUGACACUGGCCACAGACCGCCUUUGAAGCAUCUGAUGUACCGUUACCUUGUUCACUUUUAAUGGUGUCGUUCUGUUUGCUGUUUGCUUAUAUUGUUAAGCGAUUGAUGCUGAGGAUUAGGAGAGAAAUGAAUGUAGAGAGAGGUAGAGAGAGAAACACAGACUCUAAGGAGGGGGCUGAGGAAUGCAGCCUGCAGGUUCAGGCUUUAGGGGGAAUCGGAAAAGGAGUCAGUCCUGAAAAUACGUGCUGUAGCAAGGUUUGACAAAGAUCCGUUCCAUAUGCUUUAGGAAGCAUUUUAAAAAUCCCCACAAGGGAAGUAAAUCAAGGAUAACGCUCCCUGUGCCCCUUUGGUAGGCCCAAACUGAUGGCAUCCAAUUAUUUUUAGGUAGAACCCAAGUAAUGUAUCAUACGGCUUUUGUUGAGUUCAGUAAGAUGUUGAUGGGAAAGGAAUGCACCAAAAAGCAAAACCGAACCAAAAACUCCUCUUUAUUUGUAAUCAUGGGCAGUGGCUGGGAUGUGGCUCAGUGGUAGAGCUGGCGUGCACAAACCAGCGUACUGGGUUCCAUCCUCAGCAUGACAAAACAAAACAAACGGAAUACACACAAGCAACAUGGAUAUCUGGUGAAGUUAGAUUUAUGUUGUAUAAAAUGAAUUUCUGGGCACACAUACUGAAAGGGUCAUGUAUCGGUGUAACACAGGUCAUUGCACAAAUAAAAACAUGUUACUGUACUGUGUGAGGAUGCACAGGAGUCUGAUCUGGGGAGACUUUGUAUCUUGUGUCCUUGGCUUUUGUUGUCAGCAAUACUGUGUUGUGCUUCCUUUUGUAAAUGAUUUUUUUUCCCCAAUGGAAUUUUGCACAUAAUACAUUGUAAUACUGUACAAUAAUCCUGUGUAAAAUAAUUUUUUCAAUAUU